AGGACAGUGAGAAGUCGGCCCUCUCGUUAGCGUCACCAUCUCCAUUGUCACGAUCUGCCACAUCCGCAGCAGCAGCAGCAGCUAGAGGCGCAGUCAGUGCGGCACGCGCAGGAGCUGAGAAUGCUGCUGAUGGGGCGACAGACGCAACUGGCAGCUCACAGGUUACCAAGGGCUUUAAGGAGGAGGAGUGGCAGCAAGAUCUGGCGCUGUUUGCAGGGGACAGCGGCAGGAGGGAGAUGGUGCUGACGGGGGAAGGAGAGCCGGCGGUAUGAGCAGGAUAUCAAGAGGAUUGCGGCCCAGUUUCGCAUUCACAGUCGUAUGUACAACAAGUCUCUUGUGCUCAGCAAGGACCCUCUGCCCCAUUACCGUCCAGAGUUGGAUUCCAAGCGCCCACAGAGACAGGAAGAUUUGGAGGAGGAUGACUUGGAGGAGGAAGAAAGGGUAGUGAGUAGUGGCGAGGGAAGGAUGGAAGAGGACGAGGAGGAGAGGAGGAGACGACUGUGGAGGAUAAACGAGAGCUUGAAACGAAGGCAACUGCACUGGCAGGCAUCACCAGAGGGGGCAUCUAUGCUGGCGUUGAGGCAGAGCCUUCCUGCGUGGAAGGAGAGGGAGAGGCUGCUGCAGGCAGUUCAGAACAACCAGGUGGUGGUUGUGUCGGGUGAGACGGGGUGUGGCAAGACCACGCAGCUGCCGCAGUAUCUGCUGGAGGAGGCGAUAUCGUCAGGGCAGGGAGCGCAGAGCUCCAUCAUUUGCACACAGCCACGGCGGAUAUCGGCUGUGGCAGUGGCAGAGAGGGUGGCUGCUGAACGAGGAGAGAGCAUUGGGCAGUCGGUUGGGUAUCAAGUGCGUUUAGAGGCACGCAGGAGUCGGGGCACCCAUCUGCUGUUCUGCACCACAGGGGUGCUGCUGAGACGACUGGCGUCAGACCCCCUGCUUAACGGCGUGACCCACAUUGUGGUGGACGAGAUUCACGAGAGGGGCAUGAACGAAGACUUUCUCCUGAUCGUCCUGAGAGACCUGCUUCCCCGCCGCCCGGACCUGAAGCUCGUGCUCAUGAGCGCCACGCUCAAUGCAGACCUGUUCUCCCAGUACUACAGCGGCGCCCCCACACUGCACAUCCCGGGAUUCACCUAUCCUGUCCGCUCGUACUUUCUUGAAGACGUGUUAGAGCUCACCGGCCACGAGGUCACUCUGCACAACCAGGUGGACGACUAUGGCAGCGAGCAGCAGUGGCGGAGGAGGCGACAGAUGGCCCUCAUGGAGAAGAGGAGAAGGAGCCUGGAACCUUCCUUCGUCCAGGAAGCUCUUGCCGACCACUCCUUCACCUCCCACUCGCCCUUUGUGCAACGAUCCAUGGAGCGGUGGACCGGCGAAGGAGUGGGGUUCUCCCUCAUCGAAGCUGCUCUGGAGUUUGCUGUGAAGCGCGGGCCGAGGCUGCUGGCUCAGAUGCAGAGGGAGGGGGGGAGAGAGGGGCGGGGGGAGGGGCGGAGGGAGCGAGAGUGGACACAAGAGGGGGAGGAGAGGGAAGGUCAUUCCAGACGCAUGGUGGUGAGAGGAGAGCAGGCGGCAGGCAGAGACCCCAUGGGGGGUUCAGGGGUGGGAGUGACAGGACGUGUAGGGAGCAAGGGUGCGGGAGCAGAGGAGGAGACGGGGGCUAUAGGGAGCAAGGAUGCAGGGGCGGUGCUGGUGUUCAUGACAGGAUGGGACGACAUCAUUGCCAUGAGGGACCGGCUGAGGGAGCACCCGGUGCUGGGGGACGAGAGGAAGGUGCUGCUGCUGACGUGCCAUGGCAGCAUGCCCAUCGAGGAACAGAAGCUCAUCUUCAACCCUCCCCCCGAAGGCAUCACCAAAGUGAUCCUCGCGACCAACAUGGCCGAGACCUCCAUCACCAUCAACGACGUCGCACUGGUCAUCGACACCGGAAAGGCCAAGGAAACUUCCUACGACGCAGUCAACAACGUACCCUGCCUCCUGCCCCAGUGGGUCUCCAAGGCCUCGGUGAAGCAGAGGAGGGGCAGGGCGGGGCGGGUGCGGCCAGGCGUGUGUUUCCAUCUCUACCCGCGGCCGCUGUUCGCCGCGCUGCCAGACUACGGCCAGCCAGAGCUACUGCGAGCGCCGCUGCACUCGCUGUGCUUGCAGAUCAAGACGCUCGGGCUGGGCAAUAUUGGGGAGUUUCUUGGAAAGGCCAUGCAACCUCCUGAACCUCUUGCAGUGGACAAUGCGAUAGAGCUGUUGGAGGACGUGGGGGCGCUGGACAAGGACGAGAACCUCACACCACUUGGCCGCCACCUCACAGCGCUACCCCUUGAGCCCCGAGUGGGUAAGAUGCUGGUGAUGGCAGCGCUGCUGUCGUGCGUCAACCCUCUCCUCACUGUGGCCGCUACCCUUAGUGAACGAGAGCCCUGGGUGCGACCAGCGGAUAAGAGAGAGGUGGCCGAUUCGGUGCGCCUUCGCUUUGCAGGGGACGACUGCAGCGACCAUUUCGCAGCAGUGAGGGCGUUCGAGGGGUGGGUGGCGGCCCUGGGGUCAGGGGACAGCCCACGCGACGGAUACAAUGCCGCACGCGCGUACUGCUACGACCACUUCUUAUCGCACCCCACCAUGCAGGCAAUAGCAGGGCUGAGGCGGCAGCUGCUGGGGACACUUGGCGAGCUGGGAUUGGUCAAUGUGCUCGAGGGCAUGGGCGAGGCCAACAUGCGGAGCAACGAACCCGAGCUCGUUCGAGCCGCGCUGCUGGCCGGGCUGUUUCCGGGGGUGGCGUCUGCAGUGAAGCGAGCGCGGAGCACUGCAUACAAGACGGAGGAAGAUGGAGAAGUGAACAUUCAUCAGUCGUCUGUCAAUGCUGGUCUCACUCGCUUCCCCUACCCGUGGCUGGUUUUCAACGAGAAGAUCAAGACCACCUCUGUGUUCAUCCGGGAUUCCACGGGAGUAUCCGACGCGGCUCUGCUGCUCUUUGGCGGGCCUCUCACCCCCACCACCGACCCCGGCUACCUCCACAUGAUGGACGGCUACUUUGAGUUCUUCAUGCCGCCCGCCGCCGCCCGUUCGGUUUUGGGGCUACGAUCCGAGCUCGACUCGCUUAUACAGCGCAAGCUGGAGAGCCCUCGCCUUCCUUUAACACCAGAAGACGAGGCCGUUCUAGGAGCCGUCACGGACCUGCUGCAGUGCGAGCAGCCACGCGGCACCUUCACUGUUGGCCUUGUACCAAAGCUCGCCCCUCCAAAGCCCGAGAAACCCGUAAAGGCGAAAGCAGUGGACAUGAAACUGGAGGCCGGGAAGGAUGUGAAAUCGUACGUUCACAACAACUGCAAGAUCCACUUCUUGGGCCGGCCGCGGUAUUUUAUAGAGCAGGUGGGUACUAAGCAGGAGAAUAUAUAUCAGUGUACGAUGCGGCUGGGGGGAGCAGCAGCGGGGAUUGAUUUUGUGGGCGAGCCGGCUUCGACUAAGAAGGUUGCGGAGUGGAAUGCAGCUGUGGAGGGGUGGAAGUGGAUUCUGGAGUACAAGAAGGUUGACAGGAAGGAGAAGCAGGCAAAGGAGGAGGUGAAGAAGUGUGGGAGGAAAGAGAGGAAGGAGAGGAGGAAGGCGAAUCAUAAGAUGGAGGAGAGGUGGGAGUAUUGGAGGAAGAAGUAUGAGGAAGAGGAGGCGGCGAAAUGGAGAGAGAAGGGAGGGAAAGAGAAGGAAGGGAGGGCUGAUAUGGAUUCAGUGGUGGAGGAAGGGGAGGUGGUGGAAGAGGUGGGGAGAAGGUUGGAAGAGAAGGAUGGUGGUGAGGGGAGGAAGCGGAGAAAGGGAAAGAUGGCGGCAGGGAAGGAUGCACAGGAGCUGCUGCCGUUGAGUCAGGCAAAGAAAGGGGCGGCAAGAGCAGCGUCGAAACGGAAAGGAAACGAGAGAGCGGAGGAAAGAGGUGAUUGGCUUCAUUCGGAUGAUAGUGAUGGAUCGAGGGUGGUGGGUGGUGGUGAGAGAGCAACGGAGGGCGCAGGAGAGGGGGUGGGGGAUGGGGAUGGUGUGGAGUGGGCUGACAUGGCGGAGAGUGGAGAGGAGGAGGGGUGGAAGGAGAAGGGAAGAAGGAAGGGCAAGAGUAAGGGGAAGGGAAGGAGCAAGGUGGAGGUUUUGCUUCCCAGUGGUGACGACGAGGUUGAAGAUAAAGGGAGGAAAAAGGGAGCUCGGAAGAGGAAACAAGUGUAACUUGGGCAUGGCCCAUGGGGUGUUUAGUGGUUGGGGGUCAAUAGCACCUAAUUGAGUAUACGCCUCCACCAUGAGAAUUCAGCACAGCGCUUAGUACCAACUAUAUUUUGAGGGAGUUCGCUCUGCACUCGGCUUGAAACAUACCAUAAAUAUACACUAGAAAC